UGGUAACUUCCGCGGCAGAGGUGAGUGUCGGGCUGCGGUCGGCGGGGGGCGGUACCCUGGCCGGUAGCUGUGGGUUGGGUAGGGAUGCCCCUCCGGCUCUUGGAGGAGUGGGUAGGGCGAUGGUCCGCGGUCCUCCUGCGUCCGUCCUAGAUUCCCGCUUUGGACUUGGUGACCGAAUUGGAAGGCGCGGCGUGGAUUACUGCCACAGCACUCUGUUCCGGGAAGAUGCCACUGACCUUUCGGGAAGAUGUGUCGGAGCAGCCCCGGGGUGGAAUAUUUGCAGGGGUGAAGCAGGUUAUGAUAUCGCGAGUCUUGACAUGUUGAAGUCGUACAGGGGCUGUUACCUAUAUGCGUUUCAAGUAUGGACUGUAUGCCCCCUGACUCCUAACAUUGGGUCGUGAAUCAGGGUUCCGUGAGCACAGAAAAAGCAGAGCCCCUCCGGGUCAUCGGGGAGUAGAAGCAGUCCGGCUUUUCGAGAGCAUCGUUUUCUGGAGCUGGAAGUUCCAAAAGGGAGCUGAGGCUCUGGCUGCUUCACUAUCAGAGGCUGGAGAACAUGAGGAGGCGGCCUGGGACCUCAAAGCUCCAGCCCUGCUCUGAGAAGGAAAGCACGUGAUGGCAGCCAUGCCCUUGACCGCCCGGCCCCAGGUGAGCUGUGGCUCCUUCAGCUCUUCCUCCGAACAGUUUCAAACUGAAGAAAACCGGGAAGGGAAGCUGGUGAGCUUUGUGGUGGAGGCUGGAGGGGCCGUCCUCGCUUCCGCCUGGCCCUUGUGAGAAGAGCGGAGAUGCGAAGGGACGGAAGCAGCGGGAGAGCAGCCCCGAAGGCAGGAGUGACGUGCUCUGCACACCGAGGGCCUGAGCCAUGGAAUUGGCCCUAGGGCAGCAGGAACCUGUUGUUUCAGAAGUCGGUGACCUUCGAGGACGUGGCUGUGUACUUCACCCAGACGGAAUGGGAUGGCCUGUCCCCUGCACAGAGGGCCCUGUACAGGGAUGUGAUGCUGGAGAAUUAUGGGAAUGUGGCCUCCCUGGGAUUUUCGCUUCUCAAACCUGCUGUGAUCUCACAACUGGAGGGAGCAGGUGAGCUGGGGUGCCCAUCUCCACUGGUGGCUGGAACAGAAAUAGGCCCCCAGGGCCUCUGGACUGUAGAUAUUGAUAUCCAGACUGACGAUAAUUUGACAAAGGAAGUGUUUGAAGAAAAACACAAUACAUCAUUUGAACUUCAGAGGCACUUUUCCCAGGGGAUGGACUUUUCAGAAGCCUGUAUUCUAAAGAAACAGCAGGAAGUCCAUUUAGUAGGAAGCAUGAAGAAAGAAAAUAACGUCAUAGACGGAACAGCGAAAGACGACACAAGCCCUGUGAAGGAAUGUUUGUUUAGUCAGAGUCCAAACUUGGGUCAGUGUCACGCCGUUAGUUCUGGAGAGCAGCCUUCUGAAUGUAUAGGAUUGGAGAGAGCCUUCAGCUUUGACACAAAACUUAUUCAGCAUGAAAUAAUCAAUUCUGGGGAAAGACCUUUUAAAUGUGAAGAAUUAGUGGAAACCUUCAGGUGUAACUCUGAGCAUCAAGAUGGCCACACUGGGGAGAAGCCCUAUCGGUGUAAAGAGUGUGGCAAAGCCUUUAGCAUUAAUGCAAAAUUAAUUUGGCAUCAGAGACUUCAUAGUGGGGAGAAACCCUUCAAAUGUGUGGAGUGUGGGAAAAGCUUCAGUUACAGUUCCCAUUAUAUCACACAUCAGACAAUCCACAGCGGGGAGAAGCCCUAUCAGUGCAAGGUAUGUGGGAAAGCCUUCAGCGUGAAUGGGAGUCUAAGUCGGCAUCAGAGAAUCCAUACAGGAGAGAAGCCCUAUCGGUGCAAAGAGUGUGGGAGUGGCUUUACCUGUAGCUCUGCAUAUAUCACACACCAGAGGGUCCACACUGGAGAGAAGCCCUAUGAAUGCAAAGACUGUGGAAAAGCUUUCAACGUGAAUGCAAAAUUAAUUCAACAUCAGAGGAUCCACACUGGAGAGAAACCUUACGAGUGUAAUGAGUGUGGGAAAGGCUUCAGGUGCAGCUCCCAGCUGCGGCAGCAUCAGAGCGUCCACACUGGGGAGAAGCCCUAUCAGUGUAAGGAGUGUGCAAAAGCCUUCAGUAAUAAUGCAAAACUCAUUCAGCAUCAAAGAAUCCACACAGGCGAGAAGCCCUAUGAGUGUACUGAAUGUGGAAAAGCCUUUAGUGUCAAAGGGAAGUUAAUCCAGCACCAGAGAAUUCACACAGGUGAGAAACCCUAUGGGUGUAACGAAUGUGGGAAAGCCUUCAGGUGUAACUCCCAGCUGCGGCAGCAUCUGAGAAUCCACACUGGGGAAAAGCCCUAUGAGUGCAGGGAGUGUGGAAAGGCCUUCAGCGUUAAUGCAAAACUAAUGCAGCAUCAGAGGAUUCAUACUGGGGAGAAACCCUUUGAGUGUAACGAGUGUGGGAAAUGCUUUACUUCUAAAAGAAACCUGCUCGAUCAUCACCGAAUCCAUACUGGAGAAAAGCCUUAUCAGUGUAAGGAAUGUGGGAAAGCCUUCAGUAUCAAUGCCAAACUAACGAGGCAUCAGAGAAUACACACUGGGGAGAAACCUUUCAAAUGUAUGGAAUGUGAAAAAGCAUUUAGCUGUAGUUCUGACUAUAUUGUACAUCAGAGGAUCCAUACUGGAGAGAAGCCCUUUCAGUGUAAGGAGUGUGGAAAGGCCUUCCACGUUAAUGCCCAUUUAAUUCGGCAUCAGAGAAGCCACACUGGGGAGAAACCGUUCAGAUGUGUGGAGUGUGGCAAAGGGUUCAGCUAUAGUUCUGACUGUAUUAUACAUCAGACUGUCCAUACUUGGAAGAAACCCUACGUGUGUAACGUGUGUGGGAAAGCCUUCAGGUUUAGCUUCCAACUUGCUCAGCAUCAGAGUGUCCAUAGUGAAGGAAAAUCCUAAUGAGAAUGAUGUGGAAAACUUUCAAAGUUAAUGAAAUGGAUCAAGUAUCAUCACAUUCACUGUGGUGGAAAACCUUGAGGGAAAUGAAUAUGGCAUCUUCCCAAGGAAACAUCUUUCCCCUCUUACUUUUAAAAUCAGGAAUGAUGACUGGUUAAAAAGUAACAACCAAAAAUAUAUAGCUUGUCUUAUACCGACAACCAAUUAGAAAAUAUGAAAAGAUCCCAUUCCCAACAUCAUCAAGAAAAGUGGCUCUCCUAGGAAUAAACUUAAGUGUUACACAGGAUUUAUAUGGAGAAAUAAAUCUCCACUGAGGGCCACAAAAGGAAAAAUAAAUGGGGAGAGAGGGAAACCUUGUUCUUGGAUAGGAAGACUCAUGAAGAUCCUCCCUCUACCUAAAUUUACUUCCCUUUCAUUUUGGACACCAAGCAUGUAUCCCUUUUGUAAAGAGGAUAAACAAUAAAGAUUUCCUUAGAAAGAAAA